CGAAUUGCUUCCUAAAACUUGGUGUUUUUCACAAAACUAAACAAUUGAACUAACUCUUUUUCUCUUUAGGUAUAAAAUCUGCACUUGCUCAUGCACCUGAUGAUUUGGGUCAUCUUGUUGUCAUGGGAACACCUGCAGAAGAAGGCGGCGGUGGGAAAAUACUUAUGCUUGAGAAGGGCUGCUUUGACAAAGUUGAUUUCAGUAUGAUGGUACACCCAACACCAUAUAAUGCUAUUUACAGCCAAUACUUGGCUGUUCAGAAUGUGUAUGUGACUUUUAAAGGCAGGGCUGCACAUGCUGCAGCAUUUCCAUGGGAAGGAGUGAAUGCCUUAGAUGCAGCAGUUCUGAGUUACAAUGCAAUCAGCAUGUUACGACAGCAGAUAAAACCAACAUGGAGAGCUCAUGGUAUUUUUACUGAAGGAGGUAUUGAGCCAUCAAUCAUUCCAGAGAAGACUCAGCUGCAUUAUUACUUCCGUGCUCCUUCAUUAAAAGAGUUGGGGGAAUUUAAGACGAAAGCAGAAAACUGCUUUAGAGCUGCUGCAGAAGCCACAGGUGAGGGUAUAUGUAUAAUAUAUAGAAAAUGUUCUUGAGUGAGAUAUUUCAUAAUUUCCAGACAGCGAGCAAGCAGAGAACUCUGCUUGCUCCGCCUGCUGCGGCUGGGUUUCAAACCUGUGACCUUCGAAUUACUAGAUUGAUGCUCUACCAACUAAGCUAUGUACACGGUCAGGACGGAUUGAAGACUGGAAAUUAUGAACUAUAUACUGAAUAUCAUAAACAUACUCGUUUAUAUAGUACAAUCUGCAGACAUGCACUGGCUGCAUAUUAGCCAACCUCGACAGGAACAGGAAAGAGGGCUUGAAAUCAAACCAUGCUAACGUGACUAAACGUUGUCUAAUAUUUUGAAUAUACAAUUUGAUUGUCAUUGGUCCACACCAAGAAUUGAUGUCAUGUCUUAUACAGACAUGCAAUAAUGCAAAUUUCUUUUGUUUGGACUUGCAUAUUUUCGUCCUUUGGACUCUUGCAGUUUGGAUCGUCUUUGAAAAACUCACUCUUGAAUGAUUUUUUCCAAACAGGGUCCCCACGGUCCUUGAAAAUCCUGGAAAGUCCUUGAAUUUGUUCAAAAAAAUACAGGCCUGGAAAGUCCAUGGAAACUGAUAAGGUCUUUGAAAGUCCUGGAAUUUUUUUUCAGUAGGCUGGAAAUAAUUGAAGAAUUAUUACCAGCCCAAGGAUUAUUGCCCAAAUGUUUAUUUUCUCCAAUUUCAAUUAAAAUUAUGUAUAACAAUUGUCCAAAAGUUGUGUUGCGAAGCGGGUAUUCGACGGUCAGUCGGUCACGUAAUUUGAUAUUUGUUCACAUUAUGAUUAUGUGUAAACUAAAAAGGUGGUUACAUGGUCCUUGAAUAUACUGAAAAAGGUCCUUGAAUGUCCUGGAAAAGUCCUUGAAUUUCAUCACCAUACACAUUAUGGACUUAAAUAACAGGGGCCACGUCCAUGUUCAAGUUGCCACGUAAAAUGUGGUUAGAUGGGUCAAAACUAUUAUUCUGCGAAGUUUUCACGAAUUAUACAGCAGUUGGAAAAAUUAAUAUUUUUAAACUAAAGGCAUGGCAUGAUCAUAAGGCAUGGCACAAUCGACAUUUUCAACGCUGGAUGGAUGGGUUAGAAGAAACCUCAAUUUGACGUUUUGCGUGGCAGCUUGAAUAUGGACGUGGUCCUAAAAACACUUGACACGUCACAGAUCGUUGUUGACUUAAUUCUAUGUACUAGGUUGUUCUGUUGACAUAAAAUGGUGUGGUCAUGGAAAAGAUCAUCAACCUUAUAUUGAUGUAUUAAACAACCCAGUGCUGGGCGAUCUCUAUCGGAAGCAUGCAGAGUCUCUUGGAAUUCAAUUUCUACCACGAGUUAUUGAGGCAAGCCUACCAACUGCAUCAACAGACAUGGGCAAUGUUUCCCAUGUUGUACCAUCCAUACAUCCACUCUACAGUAUCACAACUAAAGCAGGAAAUCACACGCAUGAGUUUACCAAGGCAACAGGUGAUGAAAUAGCACAAUCCCCCACUCUUAUUGCAGCCAAAUCUAUGGCAAUGACAGCUGUCGAUAUCCUCUGUAACCCGGAAAUGUUGGAACAAAUGAAAAACAAACAUAAUGAGGGAAAGUAAUCGAGUGCAUAAUGCAUAUAGCAUUGUAUUAAAAUUCUAAUACCGUAUUUCCUUUAUAUUAUCCAUUUUAUGAUUAAAACAACUGAAUAUCUCCUGUAAUAUACUUUAUUUCGAUUCCCUAUUUUUGUCAGAGCUAUAGUUCUCAUAACCAAACAUACUUACAAAAUUUCAACUAGUUUCAUAAAGAAUAACGAAAGAUAUAAUUGACUGAACACAUCAAAAUGGAUUUCUAUUCGGACAACCCUUUCUGAGCGCUGAUUGGCUAAAAUACGAACACGAGAUCACCUGGUUAUAGGCCCUGAGGGGCUGAGGGCUCUCCCAGUGGUUCUAAACUGUGUAGUAGUCAAAGUAGAUUAACAAUACAUCAAAUGCAUAUAAUGUAGUUUUGGCUGGGUUUUUUAUAGUAAUAAUCACUUAUUAAAAACCAACCACAUAAAUAUGUCUGAGCUUCAAACAAUUGGCAUAUGUUUAUUUUGGUUGUAGUUUUGUAAUCGUAAUAAUUGUUUUUUAUUUGCAAAAUAAAUAAUUGUUUUUAUUUGCAAAAAAUUGCUUAGGCAUCAACAACCUCGUACCCAGAUUCUCAAUAUUCGCUCCUACCUCGCUUGAAUUGAGACCCUGGUAUCGGCUUGUCACGUGACCCGUCAUAUUUUGGUGGAUUUGCUAAAUUUUUUUUAGGGAAAGGAUAGUAACUGAGAUGUUUUGUUUUGUAAUGUUAUUUUAACAAUAUUAAUGUUUACUACAAUAUCUACUUACUAUACUUUCGCUAAAACAAUUGAGCAAAUCCGCCAAAAUAUGACGGGUCACGUGACCAGCCGAUACCAGGGUCUCGACAUAGAAUAAAGAUCCAUAUAGAAGGGCCACUUACGUCGGAGACUCGGAAGCUUUGAAGUUUCUGUCCUCGCGCAUGUCGCAUUACGCAUGUUGGCCGCCAUUUUCCUAGCCAGUCAAUGACAUUUUCUGGCCAUUAAACACGCUUACUGGUUGGCUGCUUCGCCUUCUGGCCAGUAAACUGCAUAUUUUUGCAUAAAAAGACGAGGACACGUUGCACCGCUGAGUGAACCUUCUGUUACUGAUCUUUAUUCUGUGGUCUCGAUUCAAGCGAGGUAGGAGCAAAGAUUGAGAACCUGGGUACGAGGUUGGAUUACUCUUGAGAUUACUCUUGAGAGUAAUCAUGACAUAUAAUUGUUUUUGUUUGUGGAAACACCACGUAAAUUUAUUACUGCAAAGCUUUCGAUCCGUAAGCCGGGAUCUUCAUCAGUGCUAAUAAUAUGUCAUAUUAUUAGCACUGAUGAAGAUCCCGGCUUACGGAUCGAAAGCUUUGCAGUAAUAAAUUUACAUGGUGUUUCCACAAACAAAAACAAUUAUAUUUUAUCGCCAUGCAAACAUUCAAAGAACUUAAUCAUGACAUAUAUAUGUAAAAUUUUUGUUUUGCUCAUUUGCCAUAAAAUUAUCACAUUUUUCUUAAACGGAUUGGCUGUUUGAAUCCUAUGAUUUUAAUAUGAUUGCUCUAAUAUGAUUGGUUGAUAGUUAUAGUGGUGUAUGGUGGCCCAUUAGGCUCAUUACAAAAUAACCACAACGAAGG